AUGGCUCAUCCUCGUAUAAUCCAUUUCCUCUGCGUAAUCUUGUUCACCCUCGCAAACACAUCACACUCUCUACACGAGAAGCCUCAAGCUUUUCUACAACCUAUUCGUAAAGACAAUGCCACAAAUCUCUACUACUCUCCUUUAUCCAUCGGCGUCAACAUGCUCAACGGCACAUACUAUCAAUCCUACAACAUCAACCUCGCUAUAGACCUCGGCGGCUCUGCGCCGCUGCUGUUGACCUGCGCCGCCGCUGCCAAAUCCCGUUCUUACCACCCAAUCAAAUGCGGUUCCUCUAGAUGCAAACAAGCCAAACCGGACGCUCUCUCCUGUCCCAACAACACCUCCAAGAAAGCCACGUGUCACAAAUCUUUUUCCACUUCCUACACUGAGCAUCCCAUCAAGACUCGUCUCCUCCGAGACACCGUCUCUCUUCUUUACACCGACAACGGCUUCACCAUUAUGGGAAGCGGUAUUGAUUUGCCGAUGACUAUAGCUUGCACCGACGUCAAAGUUGACCCUUUGUUUAAACCCUUCCCGUCGAUUGUUGUUGGGACAUUAGGUCUUGCCAAGACCAUUACGUCCCUUCCAAGGCAGGUUGUUUCUUUAUACAAACUUCCAUUGAAAGUGGCUCUCUGUUUGCCUUCACCAGACUCCGGAGAUGCUUCUGGAUCUGGUGCUCUAUUCAUUGGUGGUGGUCCUUACUUCAUGGCGCUUUACCCUGAUGAUGUCUCUAAGAUCUUUGCCUCCACGCCUCUGCUUCCUAGUGACCCGUCUCGUGGUGAGUACUUCAUCGACGUGAAGUCCAUCCAAGUCAAUGGAAAGAUUGUUACUUUCGUCAAGAAAAGCACAAAAAUCUGCACUUUGGCUCCUUACACGGUGUUGCACAGUUCUGUUUACAAAGCUCUGGUCUUAGCCUUCUCCGGAAAUGCGAACAAGAUGGUAAAAGCUCCGGCGGUGAAGCCUUUUGGUUCAUGUUUCAGCUCCAAAGGACUUGGGAAGUGGAUGAUGGGAAGUCGUGUUCCGGUGAUUGACUUGGUGCUGAGUGGUGGCGCUAAGUGGAGGAUUUACGGUUCGAACUCGCUUGUGAAGGUGAAUAAAGAUGUGGUUUGUUUAGGGUUUGUGGACGGAGGCGUGAACCUUGAAACGGCAAUGGUUAUUGGAGGUUUUCAGAUGGAAGAUAAUUUGGUGGAGUUUGAUCUCAAAGCUUCUAAGUUCUCUUUCUCUUCUUCUCUUUUGCUUCUUAACUCUUCUUGCUCACAGUCAAGACAUUUCUGA